GAAGCAAGCCUACGAAGUCUUUGCAGAGAUUUGUAACACGUUGGAUCAUCCAAUGGCAACCAAAGGGAAGAGGACCAACAAGAAGGGCGAAAUCGUCGAAGAGGACUUCGAUGUGUUUCAGGACGGGGAAGUGAACAUCGACGGCUUUGCCAAGGUCAUCUGCAAGUUGGUAGGUUGUGUGAGCACGGCCGAGCUACCAGAUGGGCUCUUGCACCGCAGCUUUCGAGAUGCCGAUGGCAACGGCACGAAAUCGGUGUCCUUCUUGGAGUUUGCGUUUUGGUAUUCCAGACACGGCUUCAUGGAGAACAUGCUGUUGACCUCGGCACAGAUGGAAGUGCGGCAACUGGCGCGGAAGUAUGACCUGCCGGUGAUCGAGGUGGAGCAGUACAAAAAGAAAUUUGACCUCUUUGAUGAGGAUCACAGCGGUAUGAUCGAGUACGGAGAGUUUCAAAAACUUCUCAGCGUGCUGAUCAAGGUCCCUGCCAACUUGGAGCUGCCAGUGGCGCGAAUGAACCAGUUCUGGGCAGAAGCAGACCGAGAUCGGAGUCAGUCGAUUUCCUUCGAAGAAUUUCUCCUGUUCUACUACAGGUAUUUCAGCCUCAAUGGCCCCACAUUGUGUCCCUUCCAAGAGUACUACCGUGGCAUCCGUCGUGUGAAGGUGGCCCACCCACCCAACGAAGCCAAGGGAUCUUCGGAGACGGCCGGCAAAAAAAGCGCCCGCCUCGGGCGGUAGAUGAGCCGGGGGAGAAUUGGCCGACGAAGCAAAUCAACUUGAC